CAGCCAAUUCCCAAAUCAACAAAACAUGAGGAUCAUCGACCCCCAAUCCGCCGUCCUCUCCAACAUCGAGGUCCUAGCCUACCUAACAGCCAACCCGCCGCGACGACCUCCCAACCCGCCGCCCAACUCCCGCCACUGGGUUCCCAGCCCGGAUCUCCGCGACCACAAUACCGUCGUCAAGGAGAUCCACAACUACGUCUCGCGCCUCUCCCCGCACCUCCAAUCCUACCCGCAAUACACGCACAUCCCGCUCGCGGAACUCGAGGCGCAGGCGCAGGCGCACGCCAACCUCCACAACACCAGUAACAGCAACAGCAACAGCAACAAAGAUACCGGCUCGGCGGCGCCCCCGACGCUCCUGCCCCCGACGCUCCUCACCAAGCCGACCCCCGUCGACCGUGCCCUCCGGGACCUCGUUACCCGGUUGAAACCCUAUGGGCUUACGAAGGGUGAGGUGCUCAUGAUUGUUAAUCUGGGGAUUGGGUUGAUGCCGGCUGCUGCGGCUGAGGAGGGGGAGGAGGAGGAGGGGGAGACGGAGGAAUAUGAGGAAGAAGUAGUGGAAGAAGAGGGUGGUGCGGGAGAGGAGGGAGAGCAGCCGGAGGAGAUGGAGGUGGAUGGUGGGGCUACCAAUGGGGGGCAGGCUGCUGCUGGUGCUGGUGGUGAGAAUGGGGAAGCGGGCAGUGGAGAGUUGGCGGAGGAGGAUUACGGGGCUAUGGCUCUGUUGGAUACAGUAAUCGAGGAGCGGGAGGAACGGUUGAGUGAGGCGGAUGUGGCGGGGAUUUUGACUAUCAUUCGGGAGACGUUGGGAGGAGGUGCUGCGGCUGCGGCUGCGAGUUGA